AUGAGUAUGCUACUAACGUUAAAGCCGCAAUCUGAGAUGGAGGCUCACUGGCAAGAAACCAUCAGGGACCAUCUUAAGGCACAGCACACCUUCACAGUCAGUUCUAACGUCUACCUCCUGCAGCUGUACAACGAAUGGAAAGGAUUAAAGGAAGAACUUUCAACCAAAACAUUAGCUUCAGAAGGACGGUCGAACACCCCGACAAUUGUCCCGGAUUUUCACAGCGACUCCAGUAGCAUGCAGUCGACGGCCGGACCGAAUCGUCACCCUGAAAUGCGUCGCAGCUCCGUCGAUGUUCACUACCUGACAUCCUCACUUCGGUUCUCGAGACUCUCUCCGACCUUCGCCAAGCGAACAAGCUUUUUUGGUCCUGAUGUUUCGCAGUCUCAAACAACGUUAAAAGAGAGGCCAAUAAAGGAGGAACCUGAGAUAGACUGUCUCAACGAGAAGCAAGAAUCAACUGUGUCUACAUGUGCGUUGCUUCACAAGGGUAAAGUCGGCAGCAUCAGAGCUCACAAGCCAUCACUUCAACGCGAGUCCUUUGCCAAACAUGUUACAAUUGUACAAGGCAAGUACGUGACUAGCUUAGAGCUGCCGUACGAGUCCGGAGGUGCAUGA